AUGAACAAGGAACAAAAUGUAGCACAAGUGAACAGAGUUGUGGAGGUGAACAAGCCACUGUUGUCCUUGCCCCAGUCCCAACAGGCCCCAGUCCCAACAGGCCUCAGUCCCAACACAGGCCCCAGUCCCAACAGGCCCCAGUCCCAACAGGCCCCAGUCCCAACAGGCCCCAGUCCCAACAGGCCUCAGUCCCAACAGGCCUCAGUCCUAACAGGCCUCAGUCCCAACAGGCCCCAGUCCCAACAGGCCCCAGUCCCAACAGGCCCCAGUCCCAACAGGCCUCAGUCCCAACAGGCCCCAGUCCCAACAGGCCUCAGUCCCAACAGGCCCCAGUCCCAACAGGCCCCAUCCCAUGGGCCCCAGUCCCAACAGGCCUCAGUCCUAACAGGCCUCAGUCCCAACAGGCCCCAGUCCCAACAGGCCUCAGUCCCAACAGGCCCCAGUCCCAACAGGCCCCAGUCCCAACAGGCCCCAGUCCCAACAGGCCUCAGUCCCAACAGGCCCCAGUCCCACAGAGGCCUCAGUCCCAACAGGCCCCAGUCCCAACAGGCCUCAGUCCCAACAGGCCCCAGUCCCAACAGGCAGGCCCUCAGUCCUAACAGGCCUCAGUCCCAACAGGCCCUCAGUCCCAACAGGCCCCAGUCCUAA